UUUUCUGUAUUCAGUCUGUUUCUCGUGCCGGAACCUUAAUUACAGUGCAUAUCGUUCAUAAUUUCCUGAAAGGAACUGCGUUGUUUUAAUUAUAUAAAGAAUAAGUAAAUCGCUAAUUGUUUAAGGACAAAAUGUCGGUUCCAGAUGUAGUACUCAAUAAUGGAAAGAAAAUCCCAAUUAUUGGUUUAGGAACUUGGGGAAGUCCCAAAGGGGAAGUGGUUCAAGCCGUUAAAGAUGCUAUCGACGUUGGAUAUCGUCAUAUCGAUUGUGCACACGUAUAUCAAAAUGAAGAUGAAGUGGGUGAGGGCAUUGAAACAAAAAUUAAUGAAGGUGCUCUGAAGCGCGAGGAAUUAUUUGUCACCAGUAAGUUGUGGAAUACCUUCCACAAGCCAGAAUUAGUACGCGGAGCCUUGGAAACUACUUUAAAGAAUUUGCGUUUGGACUACCUUGAUUUGUACUUGAUUCAUUGGCCUAUGGGCUAUAAAGAGGGUGGACCAUUAUUCCCAAAUGAUGAUGUCGGUAACGUGCUUCAUUCCAAUGUAGACUACGUUGACACGUGGAAAGCAAUGGAGAAACUUGUAGAAGAUGGUCUCGUUAAAUCUAUCGGCGUUUCAAAUUUUAACAAACGUCAGAUUGAGCGUGUACUUGAGGUCGCUACUAUCCCUCCAGUAACAAAUCAAAUUGAAUGUCAUCCAUAUUUGACACAAGAAAAGUUGAUCGAAUUUUGUAAAUCGAAAAACAUAACCAUUACUGCUUACAGUCCUUUAGGUUCACCUAAUCGUCCGUGGGCAAAGCCAGAAGAUCCAAUUUUAUUAGAAGAUGCUAAAAUUGUGGCGAUUGCUAAGAAGUAUGGAAAAACUCCAGCGCAAAUUCUCAUUCGCUAUCAAGUGCAACGUGGAAAUAUAGUAAUUCCAAAAUCUGUAACCAAAAGCCGCAUUGCGUCUAACUUUGACGUGUUCAAUUUUGAAUUAAGCGCUGAUGAUAUUGCAACUAUCAAUAGCUUUAAUUGCAAUGGCCGAUUCGUACCUUUGGAUAACGUUGCUGAUCACGCACAUUAUCCGUUUAAUGAAGAAUUUUAAGAUACAGGAGUAUCACAAAACCACCGGACACAUCCACACCAUCCUUUCGCUAACGAUGAGUACUAGACAAUACAUACGUGUUUCAUUUAACACACAUAUACUAUUAGAUAAACACAAAAUCUACUUGCAUAUUGUUCGAGUUGUUUUUAAUUGAAUUAAUAAAUAUUCGCAAAAUUAUCAAAUUAAA